GACGUUUACACAUUGGCGCGGAAAUUUAUUUUGUAACCAAAACACGAGAGUCUGUGAACAAUGAGGAAACGACGAUCAGUGGAUAAGAAAGAGACAAGCAUUUCAGCUCCUAGCAAAGCAAAGAAGAGUCGCAGCAUCGCUGACCCACCUGAGGAGACCAGUCAAAGCGUCUUUGCUCUGUUUCUUCAGGAAGCAGGUGUCACACUAAAUUAUGGUGGUGAAUCCAAUGAGAUCGCUGUUGACCAGGUUAUUUUCCAAAAAAGGAUACAAAAACAGCUUCAAAAGAGCCCCAAGUUUCCUGACAUUGUAAAGGAGUUUAUCUCAGGACUUGAGGCUCAUAUUGAAGAUGCUGAACGAUUUAAGAUCAGCCUUCUUCCCUGUGUUCCUCAGACAAAGCUGGACAACUCUAGUUAUUCCAGUUCAUUUCAGGAAAGUUUACUUCGAAUGCUUUUGGGGGUUGAAAUUUUGCAGACACUGAUAAUCAACACACUUCUAGAAAAGGUUCCUGAGUUUAUGUUGGAAGGAACAAGUGAUGGAGGACUGAGCAUCCCUCGUAUGAUCAUUAACCAGCUCAAAUGGCUUGAUAGAGUUGUGGACAGCAAGGAGUUGUCCUCUAAACUGAUGGAGCUUGUGUCUGUUGCUCCGGUGGAGGUUCAGAGGGACAUUAUAACCAGUUUACCUGAGAUUUUGGAGGACUUGCAGCACAACGACAUCGCCCAAGAGCUCAACUCUCUACUCAAGGAGAACACCCAGCUGACUGUUCCCAUCCUGGACGCUCUCUCCAGUCUUAACCUCAGUUCCUCCAUAAUAACAGAGGUGCGCACAGCCGUUAUGGCCACUCUGGUCGCUGUUCAACUGGAGGACCUUCCUGUGGUCGUCAAGUUUAUCCUUCACUCGGUUUCAGCCUCAGAUGCUCUAGAGGUGGUGUCAAGUCUAAGAAAGAAAUUGGAGCUGGAGCAGUGUGUUCUGCCAUCAGUCCUACAAGAUUCUCAAAACCGAUUAAAAAACAAAGCAACACAGGCGCCCAACAGUAAAGCACCAGGAAACCUGGACAGUAUAACAUUGAUUCUGGACGGUAUAAAGACAGCUGUGCGAUUUCAGAAAACAAUAUCAGAGGCUUGGCUCAAGGCGAUUGAGGCAGUGGAUGAGCCCGAGGACCAUAAGGUAGUUGAUCUGUUGGUCCUGUUUAUCCUUCACACCACAAACGCAAACCAAAGUCGUAAAGGAGCCGAGCGAGUGAUGAAGAACAAAGUGAGGAGUGGACUUUUCCAGGAGGCUCUGUUGCAGAGGACGUUCAAGGACCACGCUCAGGUGAUGCGAGUGUAUUUUCCAUCUAUCUUGGCUCUGGCUCAGGGUCUGCUGCGCUCUCUUGACCCCAGCGUAGUGCCCUUUGGGGGACACAUGUACAGACACUCCUUCACUGCCUUUGACUCCUACUGCCAACAGGAGGUAGUGGGCGCUCUGGUGACCCAUGUGUGCAGUGGACUUGGGGGAGAGGUGGACAUGGCACUGGAGCUGCUCUGUGGACUGGUCACUGAAAACCCCAAAGACAUGGCCCUCUAUGCAGUUUUUGUCAAGGGUAUUCUGGAUUACAUGGACAAUCUGAACUCGCAGCAGAUCCGUAAACUCUUCUAUCUCCUCAGUACUCUGGCAUUUGGACAACAGCAAGGCUCCCACAUCCAGGACGACAUGCACAUAGUGAUCCGUAAGCAGCUCUCCAGCACUGUCCCCAAGUACAAAAGGAUCGGCAUCAUUGGCGCCGUCAUGAUCAUUGGCAGCAUGGGGGCCUACAGAUCAAAAGGGAAGGAGACUCAAAAUGGCUCUUUACCACAAGAGACUAAAAGACAGCUCACAGCCUUAUUGGAGUUGGUGCAGUCCAGUAGUGAGAGCUCUCCUGAAGCUGCUGCCCUGUAUUUUGAUGAACUGGCAAAUCUCAUUGUCACCGCCAACCUGGACCCUCAUGUGCAGGAAAUGAUUGGAAAGAGUGUGCUAAAUGACUUCCAGGAUGACUUUGUUGUGGACUUAAGCCCUAAUAUAUCAGGUUCAUUUCUGCUUCCUGCUUGUUCUAUGUAUAACUUGGAUGAAGAUGACAGUCAAGAGCAGAUCGCCAUAAACCUACUCCCCCUACUGGCCAAAGAAGCGCAGCACAAGGGAGAAACAAAACAGCAAAGUGAAAAGAAAGUAUCUGUGCUGUGUCUUUCUCCAUUUUUCCGUUUACUGCGAUUAUGUGAGGAGAAAACGCACAAAGGAGACCUGGAAGAGAUCGAUGCUCUUCUGGGUUGCCCUCUCAUUGUGACGGACUUGAAUGUAAUCGACAAAGCAGAAAGUUUAUCCAAAUCUGAGAAGGAGUUUUUGUGUACGCUGCUCUUUCACACUAUCAACUGGUUCAGAGAGGUGGUGAAUGCGUUCUGUAAACAAAAAGACCCAGAGAUGAAAAUGAAAGUUAUGACUCGACUACAGAACAUCACUUAUCUUCAGACACAGCUAGUAAAGGCUUUGGCAGUCACUCCUGGUUAUGUUCCACCUGUUGCCAACUUUGACGGAGAAAGUGCAGAGGGAGUUGUUCCUAAUUCUGUGACUGCUGGGAAUAAAGGAAAGAAGGAGAGUACAGGGAAGAAAAGGAAGGCUCCUGAAAAGACCCCGCCUCAAAGCAGCUCUCAACUCAACGAAUCAAAUGAUGCAGAAGAAUCUCAACAGGAGCCUGUGGAGAAGCAGAAGGAGAAGGAGGUGAAGCCUGGUGUAGGUCUGGGUGCCUACAAAGCCUACUUCAGAGAGCUGGACUUUGAGGUGCUCAGUGUGUUACAGUGCGGCCUCAUCUCCUGCUCUCACCUGAACUCCAGAAUGAACACAGAGGUGAGAGAGGAGGUGUUACUGGGUCCCUCUGAGUUGGUGUUUCUGUUGGAGGACAUGCAUCAGAAAGUGGAGUUCAGCCUUCACGCUGCACCGGCCAAGAGAGCUCCUUUUCUCAAGGGUAAAGUUGACAAAAGUGUAGGAUUUUCUCAUCUUCAACAAAAGAGCCCCAAAGACAUUGCGUCGUGUUGUGUCCAGCUGCUGCCUGCUCUCUGCUCACAUCUGGAGAACUGCCAUAACUACUUCCAGACCUUGCUCUCUGAGAACAAUGGAGUCACAGAUGGACCUGCCACAGACCAACAGGAGCAUCACCUCAUGUCUCAGGCCUAUCAGCUCCUCCUUCAGAUCCUCAACACCAUUUUAAACUGGUCUGGAUUCAGUCAGCCCAGUCAGAGGAGCUCACUGAAGAAAGCAUUAGAAGUUUUAGCUGGACGACUGAAAGAAGGAGAGACUGAGCUGAGCCUGGAGCAACUGGUGAAAUGCAGCUUUGAGUAUUUGCAGAACUUCAGGAACACGACUCCGAGUCUGAGCACAGCGCUGUGUCUGAUACAGCUCCUGACGACUGUGUCUGGGAAAGGAGGCCACACUGCCACCUACAGGAAAGAGAAAGCCUCUCUUGCUCGUCGAUUCCUGAACCAGGAGUGGGUCACAGCCGCAGGAGAACGAGAGAGAGGAACCAAAUUCAAUGAAACACUUCACACUCUUCUCAGUUUAUACUUGGAGCACGUAGAUGAUGUCCUGAAAGCAGUGGAGGAAAUCGCUGGAGAGGGAUUUUCUGAACUCAUAAACACAGCCAAAGAUGAAAGCUCUGCCUCUUGGCCAACUCUGCACAGACAAACCUUCCUUGUGUUUUACAAAGUGUUAAUGGCUGUUUUGGAAAAAUCAGCUCGGAAGAUUCCGGCUGCAAAAAUGUGUGACAGUACCGAGGUUCAAAGUGAGAAGCUGUUGACAUGGAAUUUGGCUGUUAGAGAUUUUCACAUCCUCGUCAAUUUAGUAAAGGUUUUUGAUUCAAGGCCAGUGCUUAAUGUGUGCCUAAAGUAUGGGCGCCUUUUCCUGGAGUCAUUCUUGAAGUUGUGUAUGCCACUUCUUGACUACAGUUUUAAAAAGCAUAAGGAGGAUGUCCAGAGCUUAUUGAAGACUUUUCAGCUCAGCACCAGACAGCUGCAUCACAUGUGCGGACACUCUAAGAUUCACCAGGACACGAAUCUGACCAAUCACGUGCCAGCGCUGAAGAAGAGCCUGGAGUUGUUUGUUUACCGAGUGAAGGCCAUGCUUACGCUCAACAACUGUCAGGAGGCCUUCUGGAUGGGCAACCUCAAGAACAGGAACCUUAAGGGAGAGGAGAUUCUUUCCCAGAAGUCUCAAGAAAGCGAUGAUGAGGAAGAAGAAGAACAACCCAAAAAUCAAGAUCAGUCGGAUACCGAGGUUCAGGGGAGUGACAAAAAUAUGAGCGACGACUCGGACUGAAAGAAUCACUAUUCUCAAGAUUUUUAAGUCCCAUUUUAAACUUUCUUAACAGUAGCAUGUGGUAACAUAGGACCACUAUUCGUAGUUUAAGUCCACAAUAUACAAAGGAAUGCAAUAAUUUUCUUUUUCUUAUGAAAGUUUAACUAUUAAUGUUCAAAAUGUUGCACAUUGUUUUUGUUAAUUAAUACUAUUGUAUGUAUAGCGUCGUCUUUUCACUUUUAAAUAUAUUUUUUAUGUUUAAGUCAAUUGUGGGAAACAAAUCGCAAGGAAAAUAAAACUAAAAACAUCAAAAAUAAACUUCUUCC